AGCUUUAUUUAGAAAACAGGAACUUGGUGAUGCCUGAGGAGGAGAGGAGAGACUUUAAAUGUAGAGUGUCUGGCCAGGAAGCAUAAGCUGGGACAAGGUGCAGUGAUGCUGGAUGGUAGGGAAGCUGUGGAAACCUGAAGAUGCGGGUCCUGACUGUAUUGGCUGCUUCUGGAACAGACUGGAUGAGGAUGAACAUACUCUGAGGAGCCCGGGGGCCGCUCUGCCAGAGUUUGUUUGAAGAGAAGCCAGGGAUUUUUGUCCCUGAGUCAUGGAAGACAGAAGAGCUGAGAAGUCAUGUGAACAAGCGUGCGAAUCACUUAAGAGGCAGGACUAUGAAAUGACCCUCAAGCACUGCACAGAGGCCCUCCUUUCUCUUGGCCAGUACUCCAUGGCCGACUUCACAGGGCCAUGUCCACUGGAGAUAGAAAGCAUCAAAAUUGAGAGUCUUCUUUACAGAAUCGCCUCGUUUUUGCAACUGAAAAACUAUGGGCAAGCUGAUGAAGAUUGUAGGCAUGUGCUGGGGGAAGGCCUGGCCACGGGAGAUGGUGCCUUCCAGGCAGUGCUUUGCUGCAUGCAGCUGAAAGGAAAGCUCCAGCCUGUAUCCAACAUUCUUGCCAAGUCGCUGACAGGAGAGUCCCUGAAUGGGAUGGUAACAAAAGAUUUGACAAGACUGAAAACACUUCUCACAGAAACAGAGACAGCAACUAGUAACGUCCUGUCUGGAUAUCACGUGGAAGGCUUGGAAGGGGGAUCUUGUAAUGGUUGGCAUUUCCGCCCACCACCUAGGGGAAUCACAAGCAGCGAGGAAUAUACUUUGUGUAAAAGAUUUUUAGAACAAGGCAUCUGUAGGUACGGUGCCCAGUGUACUUCAGCGCACUCCCAGGAAGAACUAGCAGAAUGGCAGAAACGAUACGCCUCGCGGCUGAUAAAAUUGAAACAGCAAAACGAGAAUAAACAGCUCUCAGGCAGUUACAUGGAGACCUUGAUAGAAAAGUGGAUGAAUUCAUUAUCUCCUGAGAAAGUGCUUAGCGAAUGUAUAGAGGGAGUAAAAGUUGAGCAUAAUCCUGAUCUGUCGGUUACUGUCAACACCAAAAAGUCUCACCAGACGUGGACCUUUGCUCUUACUUGUAAGCCUGCAAGAAUGCUGUGUCGGGUAGCGUUGCUCUAUGAUGCACAUCGUCCUCAUUUUAGUAUCAUUGCAAUAUCUGCCGGAGAUAGUACUACCCAGGUAUCGCAGGAAGUCCCAGAGAACUGUCAAGAAUGGAUAGGAGGGAAGAUGGCCCAAAAUGGAUUAGAUCAUUACGUGUAUAAAGUCGGGAUAGCAUUUAACACAGAAAUCUUUGGAACUUUUCGCCAAACCAUAGUUUUCGACUUUGGAUUGGAACCGGUACUCAUGCAAAGAGUAAUGAUUGAUGCGGCUUCUACAGAAGAUCUUGAAUACCUGAUGCAUGCAAAACAACAGCUAGUAACCACAGCUAAGCGUUGGGAUUCUUCUUCUAAGACUAUUAUAGAUUUUGAACCUAAUGAAACUACUGAUUUGGAGAAGAGCCUUCUUAUCAGAUACCAAAUUCCUCUCUCUGCUGACCAGCUGUUUACCCAGUCGGUUUUAGACAAAUCAUUGACCAAGACCAACUAUCAGUCACGGCUGCAUGACCUUCUUUAUAUUGAGGAGAUAGCCCAGUAUAAAGAAGUCAGCAAGUUCAACCUUAAAGUGCAAUUGCAGAUUCUAGCAAGCUUCAUGCUCACGGGAGUUUCUGGAGGCGCAAAGUAUGCUCAGAAUGGACAACUUUUUGGUCGCUUUAAGCUUACUGAAACACUUUCUGAAGAUACUUUGGCUGGACGGCUGGUGAUGACCAAAGUCAAUGCUGUUUAUUUAUUACCAGUCCCUAAAGAGAAGUUAGUACAGACCCAGGGAACCAAAGAGAAGGUUUAUGAAGCUACUAUUGAAGAGAAAACAAAAGAAUAUAUAUUUUUAAGGAUAUCCAGGGAAUGCUGUGAAGAACUUAAUCUUCGGCCUGAUUAUGACACACAGGUUGAACUUCAGUUUCAAUUAAAUCGAUUACCCCUCUGUGAAAUGCAUUAUGCCCUAGACAGGAUCAAGGACAAUGGGGUUUUGUUUCCAGACAUCACUAUGACUCCAACCAUACCUUGGAGUCCCAACAGACAGUGGGACGAACAAUUGGAUCCUCGGCUGAAUGCAAAACAGAAAGAGGCUGUUCUGGCCAUCACAACUCCUCUUUCAAUCCAGCUGCCUCCUGUCCUCAUCAUCGGACCCUAUGGGACAGGCAAAACGUUCACUCUAGCUCAGGCCGUCAAGCACAUACUCCAGCAGCAGGAGACGAGCAGGAUUCUCAUUUGCACCCAUUCUAAUAGUGCUGCUGAUCUCUACAUAAAGGAUUAUUUACAUCCAUAUGUAGAAGCAGGCAAUCCCCAGGCAAGACCUCUCAGGGUAUAUUUCAGAAAUCGCUGGGUUAAGACUGUCCACCCAGUUGUGCAUCAGUACUGUUUGAUCUCAAGCGCACAUUCCACCUUUCAGAUGCCACAGAAAGAAGAUAUUCUUAAACACCGAGUGGUGGUUGUUACAUUGAAUACUUCCCAGUACCUCUGUCAGUUGGACCUUGAACCUGGGUUUUUUACACACAUUCUGUUAGAUGAAGCUGCCCAGGCCAUGGAGUGUGAAACCAUUAUGCCUCUAGCGUUAGCAGCUAAAAAUACGCGGAUUGUCUUGGCUGGUGACCACAUGCAGCUCAGUCCUUUUGUUUACAGCGAGUUUGCCAGGGAGAGAAACCUUCAUGUGUCAUUACUUGAUCGACUCUAUGAGCAUUACCCUGCCGAGUUUCCGUGUAGGAUCCUCCUGUGUGAGAAUUACCGCUCCCAUGAAGCUAUCAUCAAUUACACCUCUGAGCUCUUCUAUGAGGGCAAACUGAUGGCCAGUGGAAAGCAACCAGCACACAAGGAUUUCUACCCACUAACUUUCUUUACAGCACGAGGGGAAGAUGUACAAGAAAAAAAUAGCACAGCUUUUUAUAAUAAUGCAGAGGUCUUCGAAGUGGUGGAACGUGUGGAAGAGUUGAGACGGAAGUGGCCGGUAGCAUGGGGGAAGUUGGAUGAUGGCAGUAUUGGCGUGGUGACUCCGUACGCCGAUCAAGUGUUUAGGAUACGUGCUGAACUUCGGAAAAAGAGAUUAUCUGAUGUUAAUGUAGAAAGGGUGCUAAAUGUUCAAGGAAAGCAGUUCAGAGUUUUGUUUCUUAGCACAGUACGUACAAGGCAUACUUGUAAACACAAACAGACACCAAUUAAAAAGAAAGAGCAACUGCUGGAAGAUUCCACAGAGGAUUUAGAUUAUGGUUUUUUGUCUAACUACAAGCUUCUCAAUACUGCCAUCACAAGAGCACAAUCUCUGGUUGCUGUGGUGGGUGAUCCCAUCGCCCUGUGCUCCAUCGGAAGAUGCAGGAAAUUUUGGGAGCGGUUUAUUGCCCUGUGUCAUGAAAAUAAUAGCCUACACGGAAUCACUUUUGAACAGAUCAAAGCUCAGCUAGAGGCUUUAGAACUAAAGAAGACAUAUGUGUUGAAUCCACUGGCACCUGAAUUUAUCCCCCGGGCUCUAAGACUGCAGCAUUCAGGAAAUACCAACAAACUGCAGCAGUCACCCCCCAAGGGGAAAAGCCUCCAUCAUACCCAGAAUGAUCAUUUCCAGAAUGAUGGAAUUGUUCAGCCCAAUCCUUCUGUACUCAUUGGCAAUCCUAUUAGAGCAUAUACUCCUCCACCCCCCCUUGGACCUCACCCAAAUCUGGGGAAAUCUCCAAGCCCCGUUCAAAGAAUAGAUCCUCACACUGGGACGAGCAUUCUUUAUGUACCUGCUGUCUACGGAGGGAAUGUAGUUAUGUCGGUGCCUUUACCUGUACCAUGGACAGGGUACCAGGGCAGGUUCGCAGUUGAUCCUCGGAUCCUUACACACCAAGCAGCGAUGGCCUACAAUAUGAACCUCUUACAGACACACGGACGGGGGUCUCCCCUACCGUAUGGCCUUGGGCACCACCCACCCGUCAGCAUAGGGCAGCCACAAAGCCAGCAUCAGGAGAAGGAUCAACAUGAGCCAAGUCGAAAUGGUAAAAGUGAUACAAAUAAUCCUGGACCUGAAAUUAGUAAGAUUCGAACACCAGAGAAAAAGCCUAUGGAAUCCAAACAGAUUGAUUUGGAAUCAAAUCCACAGAACAGAAGUCCUGAGUCGCGUCCUGGUGUUGUUUAUCCCAAUACCAAAUUUCAUCGCAAAGAUAAUCUCAACCCGAGACAUAUAAAUCUUCCUCUCCCUGCUCCCCACGCACAGUAUGCAAUCCCCAAUCGUCAUUUUCAUCCCCUUCCCCAGCUACCAAGACCACCAUUUCCAAUUCCGCAGCAGCACGCCUUGUUAAAUCAGCAGCAGAAUAAUUUGCCUGAACAACCAAAUCAGUUGCCGCCCCAACCAAAUCAGGUAGUCCCGCCACAGAAUCCGUUGAAUCAGCUGACUCAGCAGCCACCUCCUCAACUUUCCCCUGCCUAUCAGGCAGGGCCCAACAGCGCUUUCUUUAAUAGUGCGGUCUCUCACCGGCCCCAGUCCCCUCCUGCAGAGGCUGUGAUUCCUGAGCAGCAGCCCCCUCCCAUGCUGCAGGAAGGCCACAGCCCUCUUCGGGCCAUCGCACAGCCCGGCCCCCUCCUUCCUUCCCAUCUGAAUAACUUCACUGAUGAGACUCCCCCGGGAUUGCCAAUCGGGGAGGCUUUAGAUCGUAUGCAUGGGAGUGUAGCUCUGGAAACACUGAGGCAGCAGCAGGUGCGGCUCCAGCAGUGGAAUGAGCAUCACGCCUAUCUCAGUCAGGGCAGUAUUCCGUACCCUCACCACCAUCCUCAUCCUCACCUCCAGCAUCUUCCUCAGCCGCCAGUGAGAGCAGACUGGAAGCUCCCCAGCAGCGCGGAGGACGAAGCAGAAGCUGCAGACUCCAGGUUUCAAGACUUAAUCAGAGAACUGUCUAAUCGUGAUCAAAGUGAAACACGGGAACUGGCUGAAAUGCCACCACCUCAAUCAAGACUUUUGCAAUAUAGACAAGUUCAGAGCAGGAGCCCGCCAGCAGCCCCGCCUCCCCCGUCCAGCACAGACCACAGUGGCCACUUUUCUAACUUUAAUGACAGUAGCAGAGACAUCGAAGUAGCCAACAACCCAGCAUUUCCGCAGCGCCUGCCGCCCCAGCUCUUCAGCUCACCGUUCUCAUUGCCAUCCGAACACCUUGCCCCUCCUCCCUUGAAAUACCUGGCGCCUGAUGGAGCGUGGACUUUUGCUAACUUACAACAGAGUCACCUAAUGGGGCCGGGUUUUCCCUACGGCCUACCUCCCUUGCCUCACAGACCACCGCAAAACCCUUUUGUACAAAUACAGAAUCAUCAACACGCUAUUGGUCAAGAGCCAUUUCACCCACUGUCAUCUCGAACAGUAUCUUCUUCUUCGCUCCCUAGCUUAGAAGAGUAUGAACCCAGAGGACCUGGUCGGCCCUUGUACCAAAGAAGAAUCUCAUCUAGCUCAGUCCAGCCUUGUUCUGAAGAAGUAAGCACUCCUCAAGACAGUCUUGCUCAGUAUAAAGAGCUUCAGGACCAUAGUAGCCAAUCUUCUUUCAACUUUUCAUCCCCGGAGUCCUGGGUAAACACCACCUCAUCUACCCCCUAUCAGAACAUUCCGUGUAAUGGACCCAGCAGGACAGCUCAACCCAGAGAGUUGAUAGUUCCACCACCCAAGACCGUCAAACCCCCUGAGGAUCAGCUGAAGUCCGAGAGCCUCGAGGUGUCCAGUUCCUUCAACUAUAAUGUGCUGCAGCAUCUCGGCCAGUUCCCCCCACUCAUGCCCAACAAGCAGAUCGCGGAGUCGGCCAGCAGCAGUAGCCAGCAGAGCUCGGGGGGCAGCAAGCCCGCCAUGUCCUACGCCAGCGCUUUGCGGGCCCCUCCCAAGCCCAGGCCCCAGCCUGAGCAGGCCAAGAAGAGUAGCGACCCUCUGUCUCUGUUCCAGGAACUCAGCCUGGGGAGCUCAUCAGGCAGCAAUGGCUUUUACUCCUAUUUUAAAUAAUCACUUUUUUUUCCCCCUCCAGGGCGAAUGUUUUGAUUUCUGUUUAUAUCAAUAGAAUUAAGAUAGUUGGACUUCCUCUAUAGAUGCACAGUUCCCUUUGUUUUAAUAUUAAAUAUGUUCUCACUUAAUUGCUUUGCUGCUAGACUUGCAACUAAUUUUUUAAAAGUAUAUUCCAUUAUUUUGCAUUUUUGACGUGUCUUUUGACAGCUUUUAUGUAGAAUAAAAAAUAUUUUUAAAUUUGUGUAUUGUUACAUAUGUUUGCAUCAAGCUAGCAGCUAAGAGUUAAUUGUGCAACUAUAAAAAAAAAAAAAGAAAAAAAAAAACUUUGUCUAAAAUGUAUUUAAAAAGAAAAAAAAUUGUAAGUAGCAUUUACAUUUAUUCAAUAAUAUUACCAUAUGCUGGGUUUCUGUACCAGAAAUGGCCAGUUGAUGUACAAAUGUAUGUUAUUUUUGCUUAAAUUCAUUUAAAAUUUUUUAAAAUAAAGGGGCAGCAUCUUCUAAAUACUUUAAGUUUUAUCAGUUUUUUGUUUUUUUUUUUUGUGACAAGAUGCUGCAUUCUAAAACUUUUAUAGUUUUAGACUCUGUAUGAUGUGCUGUUGUAAUCUCCAUCCACUGUAGGAUAGAGUUAAAGGCAUUCUUUGCAGAUGUAUCUUGUAUGCCACUGUUUUUUGUAACAUGAAAAAACAUUGGCAUAGUUAGUUAUUUUUUGGACAAGCUGUACUUCCAGCUUGUUUUUAACGUUAAUUUGAUAGUGUGUGUGUGUGUGUGUGUUUUUUUUUUUUAAACAAAUCAUGAAGCUGAAAAAUUUUUAGGAUUGUUGGUGCUUAGUAGACUUGAUAACUAUUUUAAAAAUGCGUGAAUUUAGUAAAAUCCUUUUUUUCUCACUAUGCAUGUGUAAAUGUUUGUAAUCUGGCUUUCUCCCCCCCUCCCCCCAGUGGUAUAAAGAAUUGUGCCGCUUUAAGGUUUGUUUUUUUUUUUUCCCCCCUCCAGUAAAAAUUUUGGUACCUUAUUUGAUGUUUACAUUAAAAUGUGACAUUAUUCAUGGCAAUUCAAAUAUUUUGCUAACUGUUUUGUUUGAGGAACAUCAUUAAAAAGAAAUCUGAUAUUUGUCCAACAUGUAUCAAAAUUCAUCGAAAUCUGGGGCAAAAAACUACCCUUGUUUUUCAUGUCUUUCGAUUCUUAUAAUCCCACUGAACUUGUAUAAAAACAUAAAAUUUAAAUAGCCAUCUUAAAUAUUCUACAGUCUAAAAAUUGUUUUCAGUGAACUUUGGUAAAAUCCAAAGCAAAACAUUUACCCUCUUAAAACUUGUGGUCUUCUAACACCCUUGAAACAAUGCGUGUCCUUCUUGUUUUCCUGAUUGGGUGGUCCUACUUUUUAUACUUCAGAGAAAUCUUGAAACUACAACAUAACUUUUUUGUUGUUGUUCUUUUUGUUUGGUUUGGUUUGGUUUUGGUUUUGUUUUUAAAUAACGUAAGGUUCGGAAACAUUGCUGACGAACCAGUGAAUCCUGAUGAUCCAUUCAAAAAUAGUUUUUUUGGAGGACUACUUUUGGAUAGGCCAUCUUGUAUUCACAGUACAAUUUUUGAAAUGGGGUUGAAAAGUGGUGACAGGGUUAAAGAAAACUCCUCACAUCUCCUCUAUGACUGGAGUUUUAUUGCUGUUGGCCAGCUCCAACUCCCUGUAAUCCUUAGACAAUUUAGGAGAAGAGAACGCCUUUAGUUAAGGGUUAGUGAGCCUGCAGGAAAAGGAGAACACCUGUUUUCUUCAGCCCUUUCUGCUCCAAGUGGGUGCACAUCAUUUGUCUGCGGCUUCCGUUUAUGGGCUGUGAGUCUCCAUGUGAGGCAGUGGAUGGAGACCUGUGGACUGUAGACGUGUUAAUGGUUAGUAUAAAUCACAGUUGGAAAACAGAGCCAGCAACUUACGGCACCACAUUUUCUCUGUCUGAUGUCAGACCGCCACCUUUAACUGUGUCACAUUUUGCUCAACGUAACUUUAGUCACAAGAAGUUUUUGUAUUUCGACUCAGUGACGAAACGCAAGAUAGAGCCCAAAUUAAAAUCAGAUCUUCCUGACGGGAGGAUGUCUCUGAACAAUAAUUUUUUCAUCCGUGAUUCUCCCCCACAAUGCAAGUCAGAUAAAUGUUUCAGAGCAUUUUGAUAAUUACGAAGACAGAACUGGCAUGUCAGGGCUUUGAGUUAAUUCCUUGUCAUGGAGUCAUUGCCUAAUUUUCUGUUUUCCAUACUUGAACCUUUAAAAAAUAUCAGUUUUAACUUAUUUGUAUUUAUAUUUAAAGAGGUCAGGUGCACACCCCACCACUUUAUAUAAAUAUACUGAUGUUGGAGGCUUGGGAUAAGGAAGCUGCUGAGUUGUCGUGACACCCCUGUUCUAAGAAGUUAUUUCCAAAAAACUAAAAACAAUAGCUACUUACUAGUUCCUUGCUCUGCUGCGUCCCAGUGUUCCUCCUUUCCUGAUAGUUCUUAACAACCGGUCAAGUAUUUGGAUAUUGUUUCCAUCUACUGCCCUUGUAGAUUCAGUUUUGAAUGUGUCUUCUAACACAUUUACUCUUCCUCAGUGUUUCUUACUGCCAUCUUUCCAGCUGAGCUUUGAAUCUGUCAUUUACGCGCGUGUAAAGUGUUGCAAUGAUCCUGAUUGAGUCUUACCGGGGGAAUCAUUGUAAGUUUCUGUGGAAACGAGGCGUGGCUCAUGCUGUCUGGAUAUUCCUUGGGUAGUAGUUAGCAAAUGCACACAAAGCAGACUGAGAAAACAGCUUAUGUGCUAGUUUCAUCCUUAGUGUUCAGACGGAACUUUUUUUUUUUUUUUUUUUUUUUUUGAAGAAACCUUGAUGUUAGCUCUUGGAUGAUGCCAAGUAUUACCAGCUUCCUUUUCUUCUAGUACUGAUUUCUUUUAAGUGAAGUUAAUUGUUCACAUGAUGUCUUUCUACUUCUUUGUUCUUUGUAUCACUCUGAGGUGUUUCCUUUUUCUUGCCAGAACUUUUUUUUUUUUUUUAAUUCAUCUCGCUUUUUAAUUUCAGUGCUGCUUGAGAUUUUCUUUUUUUUUUUUUUUUACCUUAAAGAAAUUCUUUUGGCUGAUAGAAUUUGUAGAGUGUCUGUGCUGAAGUUUUUUUUUUUUUUUUUCUUUCCUGAUCUAACAAUGAUUUUAUUUAAGAUUUGAAAAACCUCAUGAUUCAGUGUAAUGUGGAUAUUUUCUGGUGUUGCUUUUAAAAGGGGCUUUGGUUGCCAUUUUGGCACAUGCUUUGCCAAACUGUUAUAGCAGAGCUUUGUUUCUGAUUAAUCAGUAGUUAAUUAUUGACCAUUUAAACUAACAUGACCUUAAUGUUCCUUUCCUCAGACAGAUACGCUUUCUAUCCAGGUCAUUUUGUAUAUGCGAAAUAACAAACUGCUUUGUGUGGUUUUUUUCAUGAGAGAUCCUAGAAUAAGUUCAGGUUGAAUGUAAACAUCAAUUGGUCUUUUCAGUUCAAAGAAUUGCAGAAUAAGUAAAAUACGCAGAAUUCCCACUGAAUAAGCGUUAUCUAAUUCAACAUAGCAAUCUCCAAGACCUAUUUGUAAAAAUAGUUUCCUUGUUGAUGGAGGCAUUGAAAUUGCUGAGAAAGCUAACUGAAUUUCCUCGCUUUGAGAUAGGUAACAUAUAGUAGUAUCUUGUUCUAGUGUAGUUACUUUACGUGUUUAGUAUUUUUCAUGUAUAUACAUCUCGAGAGCAACGAAACUAUAAGCAUAUAAGAAUGUAUCUCUAGCUACUUUGGCUAGAGAGAGCCACCCAUGCCUGAGAUCCAGGGUGUGAACAAACAAUUUCAAGAUAAAAAGAAAAUUAGAUUGACUGAAAUAGUUGUUUAAAAAGACACCUGUUAUACUUGGAUAACGUUUCAUAUUGGAGUUGUCCUUAAAAAGGUAAUCCCAGAAAAAGUUUAAGAAUACAUGAUUGAAACCUUAAAUAUAUUGAUAGAUACAGAUUGCUGCCUUAAAGUGUUGUUUAGGCUACCAUCCACUUCUUGUUUUCUUCUAGCCCCACAAAGGUAGUAAUUUGUCCUUUAUGAUUUACCAUGAUUUGUAAUUAUUUCUUGUGAGCCAUCCCCCUAACAUACAAAAACCCUGAAUUUCUACCACCGCCAUAUGUGUCUUCCUAAAUCUCAAAGUAAAUGUGUUAAUAGAUCUGAUUUUUCUCUCCCUUCUUUGCCACAAUCGUUAGAAAUAAUGGAUAAUGUUCUACGAUUUCUUGUUCAGAAUAUCACCUAGUGAUGUCGUCUUUUCAUAAAGAUACGGACCGCCAUGAAAGAGUAAGUGACAUGCUAGUCUUCAAAGUGCUCGUUAUAUUAGGCGUCUCGAAUUUCCCUUCUACUUGAAGUUGGAUGUUUAUUUGCUGAGAUUUUAUUGUAAAGCUGCUAACUUCACACUUACUACUUUCAUACAUCUGCUUAAUUAGCAAUUUCAAGACCAUUGUUAAAAGGAGUGAAUCUUACUAACGUUUAACAUUCUUCUAAGACACAUUCAGAAAAUGUUAUUACUUUCAACUAGAAUACCAGAUAUUAAAAAGGAGACAUUUUUAGUGUAACAUUUAAAAUUUUAGAAAUGAUGGGAAAUACCUACUUUGGAAUAAACUUUAAGGAAACAGUCACAGGAGUUUCUUAAAUUUUUUUGAAGGGAGGUACCUGAUAGAAGAAUCUAGACUUAGUAAUGUGAGCUGUGGUUAAAUCCCAAACCCAGUUAUACAGUAGUCUAAAGCUUCUAAAACUGAAGCGUGAAGAAAACCCAGAGACAUUCAUAUACGUAUAGUUUCAGUAAUCAGAGUAUUAGACCAGACUUUAUUUGCAAUUUGUUCAACAGAGAGAUUUUAUUUUGAUACAAAUAUUAAGCAUAAAGCAUAGUAAGUUUUAUAUAAUUCUAUGAGUUCAUUAAACAAUAUUAUGGAAUUUUCAUUAUGUUCUUGGGGUGUCUUUUUAGCUAUUUCUACACCUCAUAUAGGAGGCCUCUUCUGUAUUUUAUUUUGCAUACUAGCAUGUGACUGCCUGCCUUAGAACUAUGUCUAGGAGGGGAAAUCAAUAUUACUUUAAAAAAAAAAUGGGGUUUUUGAAAUGAAUUUUUUCAUUACUACUUUUUUUGAUGUUUGAGAAGUAAAAGGGGGUAGCAAGUUACAUAGUUUCAACACAGAAGUCACCCAAUAGCAUCUGUUUAAAUAUCUAUCCUAUUUUAAGAUUUUAGAAGUUUGAGCAGGGGAGAGCAGUGAUUCUCAAACUUCAGCCGGCAUCAGAAUUACCUGGAGGUCUUGCUGGAAUCCAGAUCGCUGGACCCCACCCCAGAGCUUCUGAUCCCAGGCUGAAGCCUGAUCAUUUGCAUUUUCAACAAAUCGUCAGGUGAUGCUGCUGGUCCAAGAACCACACAGUUUGAGAGUCGCUGGUCUAGAGAAAGCCUGAAGGUCUUUCCAACCAUGCAUUUCUUUCCUCGAUGUAAACAACCGAUCACUUGAGACAUUUUAAUAAUUCUGAUGCCGUGAGUGGAACAUUCAUGGAGAAAGAUUUCUAAGGAGAGAGGAGAGCCUCUGGAGUGGCUGUCGCCACCUCCCCCCCCCCCCCCCCCCCCCCCCCCCCCCCCCCCCCACUGCCGACCCCGCUAGAGGUCUGUGCAUACUUGUCCACAUCAGGGUUCAGGCCCUCAUUCAUUUCUGGGGCGAGUUUGGUCUUGUGCACCCUGAAGCCUGGGCUUUGUUCUAGAAGCUGUGCAUUUGUUUGGUGUGCUUAGACUUGUUCUUGAUCGUACAUGUGGAGAUGAGAAUUGUAAAAGGAAGCCAUCAGAACGUCACAAGAGGCACCGAGUACAGGAGGCCCUGUCUUAGGAUGGCAGUGACAUGGAGCAUGGGAAGCAAUAGAUAAUCCCCAAAUAAUUGUUCGUAGUUUUUAUGGCUUUUUUGGUUGGGUGUGGGGGGAUGAAGGUAAAGGGUUUGCGUUUCAAAUUAUGUGUUUCUCAGGUUAACAAAGUUAUUUUGGAUUCUCUGCCAUGCCGGCAGGUGUUAGGGGAGCCUGAAGUGUUGUAUAUGGCAGAAAAUUGAUGAUUGUUUCUGAUUACUUUGCUACUUAAAAACAAAAAUCCAUAUAUGUUUGCAAAAACAGUCUAGGGGAAUCUACCAGCUACACAGCAUGAGUUAUUCAUAAACCAUAGGUGCACAUGUAUGAACAAGUUAUUUUUGAGAAAGAAACUGUCUAUGAUACAAUAAAUCUGACAAGUCUUUUUAAAAUUCAUAUAUUACUGUCAUUGUUGUUAAUAUUCCCCCCUGGACUGCAGCUUGAGGGGUAUCGGGCUCUGCCUCUGGUUUUUUGUUUGGCUUUGAAUUAACUGAGAUACUAGAAAGAGAAAAGAUAUUUUAAGGUAAUAGAUUAUAGAAUGGCUUAGAUGUAGAAGCGCGCAUGAUAAGCCUCCCAGAGCGCACAGCUUUGGAAUUCUUCAAACACAGUACUUCCUCCUUGAAAGGCUCGAUUACCUUCAGUGGGGAUUGUUUCUACGUUCAGCACAGGUUACUCUGUCCAUUUCCAACUCACAGGGAGCUUCGGUUUAUUUACAUUUUGCUUUGCACGAUGCCUUGUCUACAAAGACCUCUUUCUGUCUUUCAGUAGGUCAGAGGGCUCUUGUGUCCAGGUUGAAGUCCCAACGUGUGGGCUCCACCUGAACACGCUUCUCAGUCCCCGCCCCCGCCCCCCCCACCAUAUGGAGGAAGGUCUUGGAUUUCCAUAUAUCCAGACCAUGCCUGCUUCCUGUCAAUCCAUGUAUAUGACAUUGUACUGUAUUCGCUUUCUGUGCCAGUCAUCUGACCUGAUUCUUUGGAACCCAUGAAGGUACUGGUUAUAUGUAGUAGUUGUAUCCUAGGUAAAGAUGGUGAUUAAAAUACCUCUCCUCUAAAUUAUAAAGGUAAUGGGUUUUGCAUUUUAUUAAAUGGGUCCUGUUAUUAGUAACAGGUGGUGGUUUUUUGUUUUUUUUUUUUUUUAAUGCUUCAAAAAGUACAGUUCUUGUUCAGCUAACUUCAUACAAUCAAUUACUUAGCAAGUUCAUACCGGGUCUUACUUCGUCAGGUCUUCCAGAAGGGAGGCUAGAUACGAGAUGGUCUGUUUCCACCUCUUCCAAGGACCAGUUGUGCAACCGUCGAAUAAUCAUAAUUUCUGGAAAAAUUAUAACAAUUAUUUUUUUUUUCUUCGCAGUUAACGAUACCUCACAUCUGAGAGGUUCUAAUACCUAAAGAGUUUAUCCUUAAAAGUGAAAAUGACUUUGUACCAUAAAAUAACCCCAAACCCACUCUCUAGGGUCUUUACUUUCUUCUUCUUUCUUUUUUUUUUUUUUUUUUUUUUUUCCCAAUCGUUUUCUUUUCUAACUGGGUUUUGGAAUUACUUUAGCUACUUUGGUUCCUUAGAACAAGUUUUCCAUUUGGGGGCGGGGUGGGGGGGGGUUACAGUUCUUACAUUGUGAUCAUUGUCUCAGUGAAGUUCUUUUGUCUUAAAAGAUUCAUGGUAACAAAAUGUAUUUUACUGCUACAACUAAAAUGUAUUUAUAAUAAAAUGCCUUUUUAAUAA